AUGCCUAAAGGCGAACCCAUAACAGCUCGAGAUGACUUCGGACAUGGGACUCACACGGCCUCCACAAUCGCAGGCCGUACGAGUCCCAAAAAUGUCUCCUUCUUUGGGUACGCAGAAGGCGAAGCCACAGGCAUAGCUCCCAAGGCAAGGCUAGCUGUCUACAAGACAUGUUGGGCGUUCGGGUGCUCUGGAUCGGACGUACUAGCUGCCAUGGAUAAAGCCGUGGAGGACGGCGUGGAUGUCAUCUCUCUCUCCUUAGGCCCCGUCGCAUCACGUGAUUACACCACAGACCCUAUUGCAAUAGGCGCAUUUGGUGCUUUUCAAAAGGGGGUGUUUGUGUCAGUUGCAGCUGGAAAUGGCGGACCUUUACCUGGACAAAUUUCGGCUUCCGCCCCGUGGUACAUCUCCGUCGGGGCUAGCACCAUUGAUAGAACAUUCCCUGCUGAUGUCAUCCUCGACAACGGUGAGGUUCUUUCAGGCAGCUCUCUCUACACAGGGGAACCCUUACCAAAGAAUAAAACAUUCCCUUUAGUACAUUUCGCAAAAGAUUAUGCUUUGGAACAAUGUUUGCCAGGGUCAUUAGAUGCUAUUGACGUAAAGGGUAAGAUCGUAAUUUGCUCGCCAGGGCUAAUCAACAAAGUUGAGAAAGGGGUGGUUGUGGGUAAAGCUGGUGGAGUGGGUGUGAUUGUCGCCUUGAAUGAUCCUACAUUAGGCGAAAACGAUACCCAAAAAAGUGACCCGUAUACGAUACCAGGGUUAACCAUACCUAUUGGAGCAACUACAAAGCUCUUGGAUGAGAUAAGUAAGCAGAAAGUGAAAGAAGGGACCAUUGUGUUUCGAGGGACUCAAAUAGGCGAAAAACCGGCUCCGGUGGUUGCCUCAUUUUCGUCUCGAGGACCAAAUAAUGUGUCUAAGUAUGUACUGAAGCCUGACAUGAUCGCGCCGGGGGUUGAUAUACUAGCUGCCUGGCCUGAAGACGUAUCGCCUUCUAGGUUGGAAGAGGACCAUAGGGUUACUAAGUAUAAUAUCGCGUCAGGCACUUCUAUGGCUUGCCCUCAUGUCUCGGGUUUAGCCGCCUUGCUUAAGAGUGCUCAUCCUGAUUGGAAGCCGGCUAUGAUCAAGUCCGCCUUGAUGACCACGGCGUAUAUUGGUUACCAUGAGAUGAGCAGGAUGACACAAAAUCAAGAUCAGGUGUCUUAUUGGGCUACUGGUGCAGGACACGUGAAUCCCGAAAAGGCGAAUGAUCCAGGGCUAGUAUAUGAUAUCAGUGAAGAUGAUUUCAUUCAAAAUCUAUGUGCUUCAGGGUACAAUGCGACUGAAAUGAAAAUCAUAGUGAAAAAAUCAGUUAUUUGCGACGAAAAAUCAAAGGUUAACGAGUGGGACUUAAACUACCCUGCCUUAGUUGUGCCAUCUGAUUUUGAAGGUAAAGUGUUUAAUAGGACUUUAACAAGUGUGGGUUCUACUGCAUCAACGUAUACCGCGAAAGUUUCGAGUCCUGCAGGUUUUAAUGUGACUGUUAAUCCUCUUGAAUUAAGUUUCAAGAAGAAAUGGGAUAAGCAAAGUUUUUCUGUUACAAUUUCGGCUUUGAAAGAUCAAGGAAUCAUGCUAAAUGAACAAGCUACUAGUUCAGUCUCUUGGACUGAUGGCAAGCGUAGUGUCACAAUACCUUUGAUUAUGGUAUGA